AUCCUGGAGAGGUUCGUCUGCCUGAGACGUCAUCCCGCACCAGAACGCCGGGCCUACAGAACAAUACCAGUUCAGCAGAUCGCAUUUUCGCUAUACAUCUCCUAUUGUCCUCACCCGUUGCGACACUGAAGUUGGACCACUCAAAACUCGGGUCGAUAUAUGGAUCGAGGCGAAUGAUGGCAGCUCGAAGCCAAUGGCGGCUUGUAAAAUGCCAUUAUAUGCGUAUCCAUCGCUCGACAUGGACCAACACGAGGGCGCCAGCUUCGUAUCGGCAUCGCUACUCCCUACCACGAAGUCGAUCUUUCUCCUCCUCUCCACGAGGCUGCAUCCAGCAACAACAAAACCCCCGGGGUUCAUUCAGGUCUCGGCUAAGAAGUGCCCUGGGGCAGACAAAAGUGGAGUGGAAGCCUAUACCAGUAGGGCUUGGAAUUGGUUUUCUGGGGUUAUUGCAAUUAUACAGAGUGCAGGCUAGGGAAAAACGACGAAUUGAAGAGGAAGAAGUGCGAACACAAGAGCGUGAAGAUGACGAAAGCGAAAAACACGGUUGCCCAAAGAAGAGAAAGAGAAUUCGGCCAAGUGGGCCAUGGCAAGUCCAGAUUAUGUCUACACUACCUCUGAAGGCUCUAUCAAGAUUAUGGGGUCGGUUCAAUGAACUUACAAUCCCCUACUACCUCCGUGUGCCGGGGUUCAGAUUAUACUCGUUCAUCUUCGGUGUCAAUCUUGACGAAGUCGCCGAACCCGACCUCCACGUCUACCCUAAUCUCGCUGCCUUCUUCUACCGAACGCUCAAACCAGGCGUUAGACCAAUUGAUCCGAAUCCCAACUCCAUCGUAUCGCCCGCAGAUGGCAAAGUUAUUCAGUUUGGGACUAUUGAGCAUGGCGAGGUCGAGCAAGUCAAAGGGGUGACAUACAGCUUGGACGCCUUGCUGGGCUCCAGAAGACCUAGCAGCUCAGGCAUUUCUACACCAACAUCAGAGCUAGCAUCCCGCCCUUCAGUUUCCAGUCAGGAUCGACACAGCCUUGGCGAUGAAGAAGUUAUUCGAGAGGAUGAAGAGUUCGCACAAGUCAACGGUAUUUCAUAUACCUUACCAAACCUCUUCUCUGGGCCAGCAAAAAAUAGAGGGGACAAGAAGGACACACCAAAGGAUCAAUCAACCAAGUCUCAAUUGUCCUCUGAGUUAGACGUGACCGCUGAAUUGGCUCGCAGUGGGCCGACUUCACAGCCCUGGUGGGCACCUGCAACAUCGAAAGAGAAGGGCCCAACGGCACUGUAUUAUUGUGUCGUCUAUCUGGCACCCGGCGAUUACCACAGGUUUCACUCACCCGUAUCAUGGGUCGUCGAAAGCCGUCGCCAUUUCGCUGGCGAGCUCUACAGCGUUUCUCCCUACCUCCAAAGGACCUUGCCUGGGCUGUUCACACUAAACGAACGUGUAGUACUCCUUGGAAGGUGGAGAUGGGGUUUCUUCUCGUACACGCCAGUGGGUGCCACAAACGUAGGAUCCAUUGUUGUCAACUUCGAUCGUGAACUUCGGACAAAUUCAUUGACGACCGACACUGCUGCAGAUCGCGCAGCGGAGCAAGCAGCGAAUGAUGGAGAGCCAUACUCGGGUUUUGCUGAGGCGACCUACGAAGGCGCCAGCGCAAUCCUCCGUGGACAUGCGCUUACGCGAGGGGAAGAGAUGGGAGGGUUCCAGCUUGGAUCAACCAUCGUGCUCGUAUUCGAGGCGCCGAAGGGAAGGAGGCCUUCAUUUGACGAGGGCUUCACCGGAGAAGAGGAGCGACCAGGUGGCUGGCGAUGGAACAUUGAAAAGGGCCAGAAGCUGAAGGUCGGACAGUCGAUCGGGCAUGUGGAUGAAUCGUAGUCCGCUCUGUAACAUGCGCCAAGAUAUACAUAUGUACAUAUAUAUCUAUAUAGUUUAGUAUUCGUUUACAUAGUGUAUAUAUACCUCCAUGGCCAUCCU